AAUUCAGAAAUAAAUCAACUUGAAACUUGAUUUUCUGCACUGCUGUUUAUAGGUGACACAUGUCAAGUCAAGUCAUGUGUGAAAGAGGCUUCAAUCCUCUACAACAUGGAACUAUAUACAUAGUCACUGGCACCCUGGCAAACGAGAGAAGUUAGAAACACUGACGUCUAUUAAAAGGCCUCAAUCUUUGCCCAAACCUGACAUCAUUUCCACAUCCCAUAGACGUCAUAUCACCCUCCAUUCAUCCGGGUUGCACAACGCAAACAGAGUGUCUAGUCUGACCCGCACAGGACUGAAGUUGUGGUUUCGUGAAUGCGUUAAAAUUGUAUAUUCUACUGAUCCAGGGAGACUCUAGGGACAGUGAUUUUAUCAAACUAGGGACAGAAAGGAUGUGAUCGAUUGAAACUAUUUCUCUUCGAAAAGGCAGGGAAUUUGCAGCUGUUGCUAGAAUAGCCGUCAUUAAUAUUACUUGAUGACAUCAAAGUUUACAUACAGGAUACAAGAUUGCUGACUACUGCCCCUGGACGUUAUAAAGAUAUCCUCUACUGAGGGCAGCAAACAUCAUUGGAUGGUGUCGGAUAAAGCAGUGAUGUCACCCAUGUGAUAAUGAGUAUCGGUGUUGGCAGGCAAGCUUCGGAAGAGACAGGUUAGAAUCAUCUGAGCUGGCUCACCAUAACGACAGGCAAGGCAAGCCGGAGGGCAUGUAUGCAGCAAUAGAGAGAGCUUCACAGAGCUAAAAUGUCAACAUGACACCACGUCUCGUGCUGCCAUCCAGUUCCAGCCACCUCCAACUGAAUGCGCAUUGGCAAAACUUUGUGUGAAGCGGCAUUCAUUAAUUACAAACGGACAUACACAGGGAUAUUCAGUUACCUGGACUUCGGUGAUAUCACAGUGAAGGAUCAUUUAAGUCAUAGGCAUUGACAAGAAAUCUACUGGUUGUUGACUGCUGUGUCGCGCGACGCUAUGUGAAUGGUAUUUUCAAGUGUGUGUACUUUUUUAUACAGUUGAUUUUCGAAUUGAGAAGCUUCCAAGACAGGAUAAUGUGUACCUCUCUAUGAUCUAGAGUAGAUGUGAAAAUAAUUACAAUGAAGCACAUUGGUCACUAUAUGCGGUCCAGGACUCGAUGGGCAAGACUCUUAGUCCUCUGUUCAGCCUUUGUGAUAGGAGGGAUAUGCCAUUUCUAUUUCAACUUCGAUCAAGUGUUCAGGAACUCUUGCAGCAAGAUCCCGCGGCUAAAGAGCGGUGACAGUCAUGUUCACAUUGAUGGAACAUGGCAACAUUCGGGUCACGCAAGGCACUUAUUACAGACAAAUCUUACUGGGGAACCAUCUACGGACCAAGGAACGGAAUCAACGACGGCAACGAUAAAUGUGACAACUACCGCUCAGUCUAAUGGAAUCUAUCCUAUAGAUAUUUUUUCUGUAGAACAGAAGAAAAAUGGCGCAAUCGUACUUCACAUCAUUUUAAUGGUCUACAUGUUUGUCGCGCUCGCCAUUGUCUGUGAUGAGUUCUUCGUGCCUGCGCUAAGCGUCAUCACGGAUAAACUCAGCUUGUCGGACGAUGUUGCCGGUGCCACUUUCAUGGCCGCCGGAGGAAGCGCCCCGGAACUUUUCACCAGCCUCAUUGGGGUCUUCAUUGCACAGAGCGAUGUUGGUGUUGGGACAAUCGUCGGUUCCGCCGUCUUCAACAUCCUUUUCGUCAUUGGGAUGUGUGCAACUUUCAGUAAAGGAGUUCUUUCAUUAACAUGGUGGCCUCUUUUCAGAGAUUGUUUGUUUUAUUCUAUCAGUCUGUCCUUGUUACUGUACUCCUUUUCAGACACACGCAUAGAGUGGUAUGAGUCCUUGUGCCUACUUCUCAUAUACAUUUUAUAUGUCCUCUUCAUGAAGUUCAAUGUGCCCAUCGAGCGCUGGGUCAAGUCAAGACUUCUACGGAAAAAAGUUAGUGCAAUUAAAGAGAUUCCUCCUAUUAUUCAACACGAGGUGAAAACGGUAAGUUGGAUUGAAUUAGAAGUGUUGGUCUUCUUUAGUGGAGAUUUUCUUCUCUGCUCUCUCUGGCUCUGCUGCUGCACAGUUUAUUCUUUUUUUCACUACAGAGUUCCAGCCUGUCUUGUAGACUAAUUUCUUGUGUGAUUUUCUCUUGUUCAAUAUCACACAAUUAUUUGUUAUGCAAUUCUCCUUCAAUUCCAUUUUAAGAUGUGGUUGAAUUGCUUUCUAACGAUUCCAUUUUCUUCUUUGAGACAUUGUUUAAAUUGAAAUUUCUGAUCUCUCUCUCUCUCUGAACUAACAACUAAUGAAUCUAAACAUUUCUUUGAGUUGUUCUCCUAAGUUGAUAUUGGUUUUUUAUAGUUGCUCAGUAUUUUAUCUAUUUUAUUAACAUUUUGACUAUAAAGUUAUGAUCUCGCUAUCUCUCUUCCUCUGUACGCCAACUAAUUUUCAUUUACAUUUCUCCUUAUGAGUUUUCCACAGAAGUUUGAAGUUCUUCUUGUUCUGUUAGUUAUCUCGCAUAUUCUAAAUACCUUUCUACCUUUUAAGCCCUUUUGACAUUGCACUUAUAUUAUAAGGCCUUUAAAGAUGUUGCUUUCUUAUGAUCAAAAUAAUUCAUUACAUGGGAUGCCGGGUGAAUUCACUGCCAAAAGGAGUUGACGAAAUUUUCCCACAAACAAUGAAACAAAGUUUGGGUGGUGAAAUAAAAAAAUAGCCCCCACAUUUCCCCCCCUCCUUGCACAGCAAAAACUGUGGUGUUAACCAGUGU